AUGUAUAGACAAACCGGAAGUAGAAGUGAGCCGUAUUCCCCGCCCACUCCACCCGGAACUCCUCACAAGGACCGGAAACAUUCAUCCUUAGUUGAUAAACAGGAGUUACAGAAAAGAUACACGGGUCUACUUAUACCUCCGUCUCCCCAGACAAAACGUCUGUCCCCACUUCAGAUUGACACCAGCUAUGGAAACGCCCCUAUUUCAGGUGAAUCCAGGGGCGGAUCUAUUGGGGAAGGACAACAGAUUGGUUUUCCUUAUAACCCACCUCCGUCUCCUGGGUUCUUUAUCCCAACCACAACAGAACUGACUGACGAACAGAAAGGUUACAUCUGGAAUAUAGUCCAUCAACUCAGUAAUGUAAAUGCAAAUCGUCCGUCCUUUACCGAGGUUUCCGUCUCCAGCGCGCAGCCUUUCCCGUUACAGGACCCCUCUAACUUCCGGUUAAAGCGUCAAAUUUCUACAGAGAGUUCGGACUCUUCUGAUAUCAAGUUCUCAAACAAGGGGCCAACAAAACGACAGACAAUUUCUUCAGCAAGGCAUCCUCCACAAGCUGAUGAGAAAGGAGGCGGAAUUUCACAGCAAAAACAAGUAGACUUAGAGCCCCUCAACCUGUGCAGCCCCUGCAAAAGCAAGAUUUCUCCAAAACCCUACACGGCGACUUUACAGUGGGUGUUAAAUCCAGACGAUCCUAAUCCAAACUCGGAAGAAGAUUUUAUUCCGGCAUCGAAAGUAAUCCAAGAUCAACAACCCAAAGAGAAUAUAACUAUCUCCACAAGCACACCCAAAACCGGAAACACGAUGAAUGAAAGAACUGCCUCAUUUUCUUCUAAAGAUUUCCACCAGGAGAUGAUGGGCGGAUUCAGAGGGCGCGGGAGUGAACCUAACAACACAGCAACUACUACAGCCAAAUCAAACAACCUUAUGGUGACAGAGAAAGGGUUUGUUUUCCCUAGUGUACCAAGCGUAUCCGACCCAAUACCAUUCAGCCCCCGGAUCGUAAGUAACAAUCCUCCUUUCCAAAGCAGAAGCAAAAAUAUGGAUAAAAACGUUCUGGAGUAUAUGAAGUCUUCUAGUCUUGAUGAUGUUAGCAGUGAUAGUGUUUUUGGAAGUGGUGCCUCUCCCCCGGAUUAUAAACAGAAAUCUCUGGGUACGUAUCUAAGACACAAAGCACUGAGGAGUUUCAGUGAUAUCGAACACUCCCCAUCUAAAUCGGAGACGGAGGAAAUUCAGGAGAUACUGCGUGAGUAUAAACGAUGUGUGUCCGACCCAACCUUUACCCCACCAAGCCAAAAAGCGAUGUUACGUGAAGAGAGACUUGUUCAUGGAAUUUUUCCGUCAAAUGCCAUGUCUUCGGAAGAAUCACCACCGGACUCAUUUGAUCACGUGACGGAUCAUGCCCGAAUUAAUGCUGAACUCCGGCGGAUGAAUUCCUUCAUGAAGAGUCAUCUUGAGUUGAUGAAAAAACAACAUGCAAAAAGACAGCUGUUUUCUCCUCAGUCAUCAGCCAGCGAAGGAUCCCGCUGUGCACAUGCAUCGCUACAACAAGAAAAUCCGGAGGAAUUUGCUCGCUGGAUAAUAGAUGAGCUGCGGACAAUGUCGUCCUCUCGGUAUCAGACUUAUGACAGUACGGCCGGCACUGACAGAGGCCGAGCCCAAUAUGGCGACAGAGUAGAUGGCUGUGCUACGACAGGAUGUAACUCCGCUUUCUGUAAACACAGACAAGAAAAAAGUCCCGUUCAACAAUUCCUUCCACCACCAGCAUCGCCAAGGCAACGGCAACCUUCACCCUCAGCCAGAAUGCCAGCUCCGUCAUCAUCACCAUGUCUUGCUACUGGUUCAGGUCAAAGUUCAUCACCGUGGGCACAAGGUAGUCCACGUAAGCGUAAAAGAGAUCAAGUAGAAAUGAGAAUAACGUGUGAAGCAAUUGCCGAAGAAUCAGAUCACGUGACGGAAAUGUUGCAGUCUUUAGAGCAUGCGCCUGGGCGGAACUGUAAAUGUGCGUCUGUGGAACAAGAAAUCUUACAGAUGGCUGUAGACGCUUACGCAAAAAUUCGUCGAGGUGACGACUCACCUAGUUCCUUUCAAAGGUUUCAAGGGGAGCUAUGUCAGACAAAUAACAGAAUUCUAGACGCCAUGAAAAUUCUCAGCGCCAUUAAAGCCAUAUGCAAACAUGGCAGAACGAUAGAACACAUCUACCCUGGAAGUGUUGUCUUCGUCAUUUCCUGUCCGUCAGUGACGUCACUAGACGCGUUAUGGCGGAUGUUCGUCACUGGAGAUUUGUCGAGAUUGGUGAACGACAGCUUCUUGACGGAAAGUGUGAGGGUGAGGCACAACGCUUAUGAUGUUACACUACGUGUGGAUAUUCCAAAGGAACAGUAUUUGCGAUGUAGAAAAAGACUUGCUGAAUCCGUCCUCGACUCCUCUUUCUCCAAAAGCGACACCGAGAUCAUGUCAAUCGGAAGUAGCUCUAAAGAAAACGUAUCUUCGCCUUACAGAAGGAAAACCAUGAAAAACCUUGCCGUGGUACACAUGCGCAGUAGCUCGGAACCCACACAACAUGUUCAUUCGCCGUCCAAUAGUCCUGGGAACGCAUGCUCGCCGUACUCUCCCCGUGACAGGAAAUUUUCCUAUCCAGUUUCCGGUGAACAGUCUCCACGCAGAGCCUUUCAGGAAUUGCAAUUUCCGUCCUCUCCGACGCUGCGCCGUGUGUUCAACUUUGACCUUACUUUGACCCCAACGACUUCACCAAAGCGGAAGAGCUUCGCCGAGGUCCCGCCGUGGGAAAACGAAAAUGAAAGUGAGGUUCAAACAUUAUCCUCACCGAAGAGAUUCAAUUCGGGACAAAAUAUGUUUUUCCGGUAGAUUUUAGUACAAUAGCUAAAAGAUUUGUAUUGAUUUUUAAAAAAAAUUAUUAUGCUUUUAACCCUUACAUAUACAUGUAUUAUCUUAGUUUC